ACAUUGUUGAAAAUCAAACCUGGGUUGUGUGUGUGUGUACAUCAGACGGUCAUGACUCUCCAACUUCAUUUGUUGAAAUAGGUAUAGUUAUGUAGGUAUUUAAUUUGAACAAUCUAAUGAUUGAUAAUGAUGACAGAAAUAACAUUUGUUUAAAAAGGACAGGUUUAUUUUCAUGAACUUAAAUUAUAGUAUUAUAGUAAUUUCGGUUUUUAAAUCAAAUUGGUUUUAAAACAGAUCCUGCACGUAUAAAUACAGUGUCGUAUUGCUAAACAUUUAAAUUGAAAUUGGAUUUAAAAGACUCAACUUCCAAAAUGAUGCGGAUAUUGUUUGUGGUUUUGGUAUUUGGAGGAUAUACCUAUGCUCUAACAGAAGAAGAACUUAAGGCAGAAUUCACAAAGUUGGUGAUGAAAUGUCUCAAAGACCACCCAGUGGACAUGACUGAGCUGACCGCCCUUCAGAAGCUGGUGAUUCCCAAGAAGCCCGAAGUCAAAUGUCUCCUGGCCUGCGCGUAUAAACUGGAUGGAAUUAUGAACGACAAAGGUCUCUACAAUAUCGAACACGCUUACAAAGUGGCUGAGCUUGCCAAGAACGGCGAUGAGAAGAGACUUGAGAACGGAAAGAAGAUGGCCGACGUGUGUGUCAAAGUCAACGAUGUUGAGGUCAGUGACGGAGAAAAGGGCUGUGAAAGGGCAGGGCUUAUGUUCAAGUGUGCAGUAGAAAAUGCGCCCAAGGCACUGACCGAGGAAGAGAUUAAGGCAAACUUCAUCAAGCUGGUAGUGCAGUGUAUGAAGGAUAACCCGGUGGAGAUGAUAGAGCUGGUCAACCUGAAGCAGCUGAUCGUCCCCAACAAACCUGAAGUCAAGUGUCUGCUGGCUUGCGCCUAUAAGCUGGACGGCCUGAUGACUGACAAAGGUCUCUACAAUAUAGAGCACGCUUACAAAGUGGCUGAGCUCACAAAGAAUGGCGACGAUAAGAGACUGGAAAACGCAAAGAAGAUGGCGGACGUGUGUGUCAAAGUGAACGACGAAGAGGUCAGUGAUGGAGAAAAAGGCUGUGAAAGAGCUAGACUGAUCUUCAAAUGUGCUGUAGAAAAUGCACCUAAGUUUGGCUUUAAAAUAAAAUGAAGAAGACCGAAUACAU